AUGCCCUCACACCAUAAAGCACCCACGCCGUGCAUCGCCUGCACGACUGACGUCAAACCCAGGGAGCCGGACAAGACCAGCGCAAUGGAUGAUGGGAAAGUACUUGAGCCCCGACCAGGGAGCCCCCCUGUUCCCGGCGAUGAGCCCCAGGCCAAGCGUGCGCCUUUCGCGCAGGCUGUGUACGACAUGACCCACUCGGAGAAGGUGAUGGCCGAACUGACACUCGGGCGCCGCGUGGGCCUGUACGAGUUGCGGGGGGAGAUAGGCAGCGGGAACUUCGCCAAGGUGAAGAUGGGAGUGCACACCCUGACGAGAGAGAGGGUCGCCAUCAAAAUCUUGGACAAGGCGCGCCUGGACAGGCGUUCCCGCCGCCUCUUCACCUCCGAGGUGUCCUGCAUGGAGAGGCUGUCGCACCCCAACAUAGUGCGCGUCUACGAGGUGGUGGAGAGCCUGCACCGCAUCUACCUGGUGAUGGAGUACGCAGGCGGAGGGGAGCUGUUCUCCCGUAUCGUCACCAGGGGGCGCAUGCCCGACAUGGAGUGCAAGCUGGUCUUCUCCCAGAUCAUAGCAGCGGUCAAACACAUGCACGACAACAACAUCGUGCACCGAGACCUGAAGGCGGAGAACGUCUUCUACUCCUCCAGCUACUGCGUGAAGGUCGGCGACUUCGGCUUUAGCACGGAGAGCGCGCCGGACGCCGUCCUCACCACCUUCUGCGGCUCGCCGCCCUACUCUGCGCCCGAGCUGUUCCGCGACAAGUCGUACGUGGGCCGCCCCGUGGACCUGUGGGCGCUCGGUGUGCUGCUGUAUUUCAUGGCGACGGCCGCGCUGCCCUUCAACGCCGCCACCCUGCGGCGCCUCAAGUUCUGCAUCCUGCAGGGCUCGUACACCCUCCCGCCGUACGUGCCCGACGCCUGCCAGCACGUGAUCCGCGGCCUGCUGCGGAUCAUCCCGGCCGACCGCACGACAGUGGCGCAGGUUAUGGCCAGCGCGUGGCUGCGGGGGGUGGAGUACGUCCAGCCGUACCCGCCCGUCGGGGGGCCGUCGGCGGUGCACCUGGCCGAGCCACAGCGGCAGUUGAGCCUGGAGGAGCGAGACGUGAAGGCCACGCUGCAGGAGAUGGGCAUCGGCGCCGCGCAGCUGCUCAACAACUGCGGACCCGUGGCGGACUCGCGGAGCCCCGUUACUGGGGUGUACCGCAUCCUGCUGCACCGGGCGCAGAGGAGGACCAUGGUGGAGGCGGUUGGGUACACGUCGUUUACGCCUGCAGACCUAAAGCCCGUCCGCCGAUGGUCAGUUCCUCUCAUGAUGGUGCAGAGGAGAGAGGUGCCGUCAAACAUGUGCACCAUCCUAUGA